GGGAGGACGCUGUCUGAUUAUAACAUUCAGAAAGAGUCAACCCUUCACUUGGUGCUGCGCCUGAGAGGCGGCAUGCAAAUCUUUGUGAAGACUCUGACUGGCAAGACGAUCACUCUUGAUGUUGAGCCAUCAGACACUAUCGAGAACGUGAAGGCAAAGAUUCAGGACAAGGAGGGAAUUCCUCCUGAUCAGCAGCGUCUUAUUUUUGCCGGCAAGCAGCUGGAAGAUGGGAGGACGCUGUCUGAUUAUAACAUUCAGAAAGAGUCAACCCUUCACUUGGUGCUGCGCUUGAGAGGUGGCUGCUGA